AUGCCAGUGCCGGUUGUCGAAACGAACAAUGUCAUCAGCCAUCCUGAGGAUGGAUGUCCGUUGCAAGUGGGAGAAGGAACAUACCACCUCAGAGAUGACCUACACCUAGCGACUCCCCCUCCACAUCCUUCCGAGGCGCCUGUUCUAAACCCUAAUCCUCUUGCGACUGGUCCAACACCGCCAACGUCGGGGGUUAAGCUGUCUCUGGUCAAUGUCAAUAACGCCAAAAAGAAUCACCCAUUUGCUUCGAAAGAGAACGUCAUGGCCCCGGUUUUUGGAGAAGGAACCCCUGCGCUUGUCCCUCCGGCUACUAAAGAUUCCCUAAAGAGGCGGAAACCGAAGAACAAUAUCAUCAAGAGCAGCUCUUCGUUUGUUUCGCGCGUCAUCACCCAUGAGUCCAUUACGAAGAAACUGAACGAUCGAAAUCCGGAUGGUCUUUUUGCCUUUGCGAACAUCAAUCGUGCAUUCCAAUGGCUGGAUCUCAGUUCCGAAAAGAAAGAAGAAUCCCUCGCCAAGAUCCUCUUUACCAAGGCGCAUAUGUUGUGUCACGACGUUAACGAGAUGACCAAGAGCCCGAGUCACGUCGAUAUCGUUAUGGGUUCAUCAGCUGGCGAUAUUAUUUGGUACGAACCCAUUUCGCAACGUUACGCGCGCAUCAACAAAAACGGCUGCAUCAACAAUUCCCCGGUUACUUACAUCAAAUGGAUACCCGGAUCGGAAAACUUGUUCAUGGCUGCGCAUUCAAACGGACAGCUGGUGGUCUACGAUAAAGAGAAGGAAGAUGCUCCUCUCACUUCGGAGCCUGGUAGUCUCGCAGAGGAAUUCGUGAAAUCAUCUGGUCGACAGCCGAUGCAAAUACUCAAGUCGGUCACCUCGAGGAACCAAAAGACCAAUCCCGUCUCGCUAUGGAGGUUAGCUGGUCAUAAGAUCUGCCAGUUUGCAUUCUCGCCUGACCGUCGACACCUGGCUGUCGUUCUUGAAGAUGGUUCAUUGCGAGUCAUGGAUUACUUGAAGGAAGAAGUUCUAGACAUCUUCCGUAGCUACUAUGGUGGCUUGAUCUGUGUUUGCUGGUCGCCCGACGGCAAAUACGUCGUGACCGGUGGCCAGGACGAUCUGGUCACAAUCUGGUCAUUCCCGGAGCGCAAGAUCAUCGCAAGAUGCCAGGGCCACAACUCCUGGGUGUCCGCGGUAGCAUUUGACCCCUGGCGAUGCGAUGAAAGGACAUACCGAUUCGGAAGCGUCGGUGACGACUGCAGACUUCUCCUAUGGGAUUUCAACGUUGGCAUGCUGCACCGUCCCAAAGCGCACCAAGCGAACCCUCGUCAGCGCACGAGUAUGGUCGCACCCAGUGUGCACCAUGUCCGUCAUCGCGCAGAUAGCACAGGGAACCGCGUGAGGUCUGAUUCUCAGCUCACAUCAGACACCCAUGAUAGCGUAGACCAGACUGUCCGACAUCAGGUCGAGCCUAGGUCACGGACCGGUCUAUUGCCACCGAUUAUGUCUAAGAUCGUUGGAUCCGAUCCGAUCUGCUGGCUAGGCUUCCAAGAAGACUGCAUCAUGGCUUCCUCUCUCGAAGGCCACAUCCGCACCUGGGACCGACCCCGAGAAAACGUCAACGAGAAUCACCACGGCUAUUCCUCAUCCCCAGCUAUCAGCGCUACCGCCACCAGGUCAGGAUCUGGACCUGGUGAAUCGGGUAACUGGAUUUGA